AUGCCGUCGUUCACCGUGCCAGGAGGUACUAUCGUCGACGAUCUCCCAUUCCCGAGUUUCCACCGUCACCGACGCGUCACCACAGCCCCGGCCUCGCUCUUCGUCGCGCUGCAACCCCGCGUCCCAGCACAGCUGAAGCCUGGGACGGUGGUUCGUGUCCGCACGAGGACUGCGAAGCUGAAGACGGGGCAGGUUCUCGUGCUCUGCCUCAAAGCCACGAUCGUGUCGUCGUCCACCGACGGAGGCUACGAGGUUGUCUACGACGCCAACUUGCCACGCGGCGAUCCCAAGAGCACCGUCCACGUCGCUCCGCACCAGGUCAGGGUGAUCGAUCCGUCUCCGUCGCUGACAACUCCACCGCGGUCCCUGCCUCCGCCCACCGCCACUGUCGCCGCGACUACGAAGAAGGAGAUGCCGAGGCCAACCACGGCAGGGAAGAGCCUGCGCCUCAUCCGCAGCCUCUUUCCGGAGAUGGAGCUUCCGGUCCGGGCUUGGCCUGUCUUGAAUCGGAUACUAGCUGGUAGCUGCUGCGUGAUUCUGCGCUGGAUUUUAUAG